CAAGAUGGCUGUAAAGCUCAAGCAAAGGAGAGAGUUGGUGGACGAAGAGUGUGAGUGAAGUCGCUUUCUGGAGUCUUUACAUGGAAUCAAUGGUGUUUUCGACGUUGUAGUCUGUCCGCGGAGGAUUAGCACUUUUAGCAGCAGCAACGUAAUAACAAACAAGUGACAUAAAGUCUCGUAUGAAUUCCGACGAGAAGGAGGACUGUGAGUGUGCGCCACCACAGGCCGAGCGUCGCGCCGCAGGAGGAGCUAGUAGAUAAGGCCGAUUUGUUAACCCUAACACUAGUGCUGCAUUCCAUUUACUUUGGAAGUCGUAAGUUGCAACUGGGAAUGACGUCACAGCAGUCACAACCGAGAGAUUACGAGGAGCCUGAAAUAGAAAAUCCAGAAGCAAGCCGAAUGAAGCGAGCAGCUGCCAAACAUCUUAUAGAGCGCUAUUACCACCAGUUAACUGAGGGCUGUGGGAGUGAAUCAUGCGCCAACUCCUGGUGUGCCUCAUUUGUUGGCUUCACCCGUAUGGAUAACAAUGCAGCAGCAGUCAAAGCCCUGGAGCUCUACAAGGUCAACGCCAAAUUGUGUGACCCUCAUCCCUCAAAGAAAGGCACAACCUCAGCUUACCUGGAGAGCAGUCCUCACAGUAACUCAACCAUCAGCAAUAAGAAAAAUAACCAUAAGGAUGUUAACUCGGUACGGGACAAUUUCAAAGAUGUAAAUUACCUGACAGAGGAGAAAGUAUAUGAGAUCUUGGACAUCUGUGGUGAGAAGAAGGAUUACUCACCUCUGAUCAGAGUCAUAGGACGUGUGUUCUCCAGUGCUGACAGCCUGGUACAGAGCUUCCGGAGGUCAAAACGCCACACCAAGGAGGAGCUGAAGUCGCUCCAAGGUAAGGAUGAAGACAAGGAUGAGGAUGAGAAGGAGGCAGCUGCAUGCUCUGCAGUAGCUAUGGAAGAGGACUCCCCUACGUCCUCUUCAUCAUCAAGGCUUUUAGAGGUCUCCUCUACAGAAAAUGAUGUUCAAAAGCUGGCACUGGAUGAGGUAUCAGUUGACAUUGAAGCAGUACGGCGGGUGUAUGAGCGCCUGCUGUCCAAUGAUAAAAUAGAAGCUGCAUUUCUCAAUGCAUUGGUCUACCUCUCACCCAACGUGGAGUGCGACCUAACAUAUCACAAUGUGUAUUCACGAGACCCAAACUAUUUAAACCUAUUUGUUAUAGUGAUGGAAAACAGCAACCUCCAUAGCCCAGAGUACCUAGAGAUUGCUCUGCCACAGUUCUGCAAGGCAAUGAGCAAGCUGCCACUGGCAGCUCAGGCCAAGCUCGCCCACCUUUGGUCACACUACAACACUGAGCAGAUUCGGCGCAUGGUGGAAACCUUCCAGCAGCUCAUUACAUACAAGGUGAUCAGUAAUGAGUUCAAUAGUCGCAAUCUGGUAAAUGAUGCUGAUGCUGUAGUUGGAGCCACAAAGUGCUUGAAGAUUGUCUACUAUGCAAAUGUGAUGGGGGGUGAUUUGGACAUGGAGCACAAUGAGGAAGAGGAUGAGGAGCCAAUUCCAGAGUCCAGUGAACUCACCCUGCAGGAACUGCUGGGUGAAGAACGCCGGAACAAGAAGGGCCCUCGAGUGGACCCUCUGGAAACAGAAUUGGGGAUUCACACCACUGAUUGCAGGCGGCCACUCAUUCCUUUUGAGGAGUUUGUCAAUGAACCUCUGAAUGAGGUGUUGGAGAUGGACAAAGACUAUACUUUCUUUAAGGUUGAAACUGAAAACAAGUUCUCUUUUAUGACCUGUCCCUUCAUCCUUAAUGCAGUUACCAAGAACCUGGGUUUGUAUUAUGACAACCGCAUCCGUAUGUACAGUGAACGUCGCAUUACUGUGCUCUAUAGCUUGGUGCAGGGUCAACAACUCAACCCCUACCUAAGGCUUAAAGUGCGUCGAGACCACAUCAUUGAUGAUGCCCUGGUCAGGCUGGAAAUGAUAGCAAUGGAAAAUCCUGCAGACUUGAAAAAGCAGCUGUAUGUGGAGUUUGAAGGAGAACAAGGUGUUGAUGAAGGAGGUGUUUCGAAAGAAUUCUUUCAGCUGGUGGUGGAAGAGAUCUUCAACCCAGAUAUUGGUAUGUUCACAUAUGACGAACGCACCAAGCUGUUUUGGUUCAACCCCUCAUCAUUUGAAAAUGAAGGGCAGUACACACUGAUUGGUAUCGUUCUUGGCCUUGCUAUCUACAACAACUGCAUCCUGGAUGUCCACUUUCCAAUGGUUGUCUACAGAAAACUGAUGGGCAAAAAAGGAACUUUCAGGGACUUGGCUGAUGCCAACCCGGUUCUGUACCAGAGUCUGAAGGAGCUGCUGGAGUAUGAGGGCAGUGUGGAGGAAGACAUGAUGAUCACUUUCCAGAUUUCCCAGACUGACCUAUUUGGGAACCUACUCAUGUAUGACUUAAGAGAAAAUGGGGACAAGAUUCCAGUCACAAAUGAUAACAGAAAGGAAUUUGUAGCUCAGUAUGCAGAGUACAUGCUGAACAAAAGUGUGGAGAAGCAGUUCAAAGCUUUCAGGAGAGGCUUUCACAUGGUCACAAAUGAGUCCCCACUGAAAUAUCUGUUCCGACCAGAAGAAAUUGAGCUGUUAAUUUGUGGAAGCAGAAAACUAGAUUUCCUCGCACUUGAAGAAACAACUGAAUAUGAUGGUGGAUACAACAGAGAGUCGCAAAUUAUCAAGGAGUUUUGGGAGACAUUGCACUCAUUCGGUGAGGAGCAAAAGCGGCUGUUUCUACAGUUCACUACUGGCACCAACAGAGCACCUGUGGGUGGGCUGGGAAAGCUGAAGAUGAUCAUUGCCAAGAAUGGCCCAGACACAGACAGGUUACCCACAUCUCACACUUGCUUUAAUGUGCUGCUGCUUCCUGAAUACAGCAGCAAGGAGAAGCUGAGAGAGAGACUGCUAAAAGCCAUCACGUACGCCAAAGGGUUUGGAAUGCUCUGAGAUCUAGCUUGAAACACACUGCAGAAAGACUUCUCAGAAAGCUCAUCAAACCCACCUGCUCCUUUUUCAGACACAGUCUACAAGGUGACUGCAGAGACCAUGUUAUAUUCCAAGGAAAAGCAAGUAGAAAUAAUUCAGGAAGUUGAACAGAAUGAUCUGGUAGUCCUACUGUGCCUGCAUCAGCUCAAGCAUCGCUCUAAGGGCAGAGACCUCAUGAUAAAAGUUCCCACCUCUCAUACACAGUAUGUGAAUGUGCUACAGCUUUCCCUUCUGUUUUUUCUUUGUACAGAGAGCAUCAUUUUCUUUAUUUAUUUUAAGGAUAAAAUGAUUAAAUUUUCAUAUUUGCCUUUUUUGAUGGUUUACCCAAACGAUGAAUUUGGGAAAGUAGAUAUUAAACUAGAAAGUUUGGACACUGCAUAAAUGAGACUAUAAACUACAUGUAUUACACAAAAAUGUGUAAGGUAGAUGAGAAAAGCUAUUCACAUGCCAUACAUUCUGUAGACUUUGGUUAAUGUAAAGUGAUUGUUUUUUGUUUGUUUGUUUUUGUUUUUAAUCCCCUUACUGAAGAAAGUGCAAUUGCAGACUUGUAGUAUCGGCUGCCUUCGCUGAUUGUUUCUACUAAAUCCAUCAUGUGGAAAGGUACUGUUUUAUUAAAAAUGACGCUGUCGUUUCAAAUAGCUAUUUUGGUUUUGCGGUGGUGGGCAUCGCGAGUUAGGCUAACAUCCUGUUGGUCCUGUAAGUGCACUUAGACAUCUCCAGAAUAUUUUUUUUUUCCUUCUUUCAUUUGUUUCAUUUUGGACCACAGGUUGCCAUGUUUAAGUGUUUUUUUUUUUUCCUUUUUUCCAUGUAUUCCUGUGCUGACAGUUAUAAAUAAAAACUGUCUGUGUACGUGUGUGCGCACACACGAGCGCACACAUGUUCAAGAAUGUGGAGUAGAAGCACGGAGCUUUUGGGUAGACCUGUACGGUCAUUUGAAUUUUUUUUUUUUUAUAUAUAUACUUAGUAGGACUUUAUGUUGUCUCUGUGGCUUGGCUUUGUAUGUGUCGGCACAUCAUAUUGCUGAGACUUUACCUGUUAUGUCCACAUCAUUGUGUGUGACAUAAAAUGUCUGCAGAAAUGUGAGUUUUUAUUUGCAAAGCGUUUGCGCCUUGUGAAUUUAAAUUCAUUAUGCCCAAAACUUUCUGUGGCAACACCUGGAAUAUAAAGCCUCUGAUACUCGAAUAUGUGAACUCAAGUAUAAAUGGUUGCAAAUGGGUAUGUGAUUUCAAAUCGCAGUAUCAUGUUGAUAUUGUGAUGGGGUGUUGGACAAGACAGGACAGACAGCCUUCUGUGGGUGAUGUGAAUGAAGUGAUUCUCAUGAUGAAGCUGGUCUUCAGGGUCAGCUGGUUUCAUUGUUGUUCCUUGUAAAUUCCCUGGAGUGAAGGCUUUAAUGUUCCACCUACAUGUAGGUGUAAAUUGUUUGUGGGAAUAGAUCAAACGGUAAACUUUAAACUCUUGUCUGAUGAUUUGAUGAUCUGUCACUGACGUAUGUCUUUUGUACGCCCUGGCACAACAUAGGGAGCAUAACAAUUAUAAUAAAAUAAUGUAGUCACAUUUUGACAUGUUAUUAUCCACAGCCAGAUGAAAGGAUCGAUCCUCAUUUCAUCUGGUUUGCAGCUGCUACAAAGAUAGAUGUGUAAUUUAAUGAGCCUAACUUUGGUCAAAGACUGGAAGUAAUGAGAAAUUAAAAUGCCACUUUAAUUUUAACAUGCACAAAGAUUUAACUCUUUCUUCUGCUUCCAGUCUCUGCCCCUAUCUGGGCGAAUCACAAGUCAUCUCUGUGUUAAAAUGCAAGGGGAUGAAUCUGAGAGGAAUAACUCAACAGCAGUAACUAAAUAGGUGGAAUUUUUGGAUUUUAAGUGUAUUCCCUGUCUCAUAUGUCAAAGUGGGAAGCCUCAUAUCUGACAGUUUAGUGAGAUUGAAAAUGGGUGUUAGAGCUGUUGAGCUGCAUUCUGUCUGACUGGAACAUCAACUGUGAAAUUCAUCUUCCUUCAAAGCUGUUUUUUAAAUGCUUUUCUUUGUGUGUAAAUUUCUAAUUAACAUCUGGGUUUUUGUCUGACUGUAUUACUGUUGCUUUGAGAUGUCAUUCCUGUCAGACAUUACUAGAUGUGUUGUUUCCAAUGCCACAGGAUAAACACACGAGCAGAGUAGGUAGCUGAGUGGAUAAGGAGCUGGCCUGCCAGUAUGUAGACCUGGGUUUGAAUCCUGUUCAUGCUACCUGUCUGUCAUUUAGUCCACCCAGCUGUAUAAAUGGUACCUGUGUCUGGUACAAGCGUGGUACAAAUGGAUUGAAGUAGUAACAAAAAUAUGAAUUAAAUGAUAAAUAAACUGCAGAACUCAGUGCUUUCAUCCAUUUGGUUCAGAGUUAGAAGACAUUUCCUAAAGCCAGUGUGGAUAUCAAAUUUAAUGCUUUCUUAAUCCUUUGACAGAUUAUAUGCUUGUACACAGAAGCAGCCUGCUGGACUAGAGAAAGGGUUGUAUGCACUUAUUCAUACUGAGAUGUAAUACAUCAGUCUUAUUUUGAUUGUUGAGAAUUUGAAAAUGGGAAAAACAGAAUUGAUCACUGGUACACUGACAGCUGGUGAGGAUGCAUCAAGCAGUGAUUGUGCCCCCAUCUAAGCUUCGUGAGAGGAGGAAGAGUAUGUUGCCUUUCAAGGCACUGCUCAGCCUGACUGAUGUCUCCAUCAUGUCACUGAGGUGUUUCGGGCCACAGCACACAACUGCUCUAAGCUGUUCUUUCUGUUGAUUUUCAUAUCUUCUUGGAUUCAGCCAGACCUGUGUCAAAUUCUAACAAUACAUACAUUGCCUGUUUAAACCCGCAGAAUGUUUAGAAAACGAUUCAGUCAUAGACUCAAGUUUUGAGACAUGCACAUCUUGACUGAUAUUAUGUAGCUGCAUUAAGCCUCAGUCAUGUCUAACUUUGUGGAGGUCAAAAGAAACCAAAAAGAAUUUGAAUGGUUAUUGAGCCUCAUUUAAAAAAAAAAAAAAUCUAGUUUAUUAACCUUGACAUAAAAAAACAGGUACAUGUUAUUUUAAACCUGAAAAAUGACAUACAGCACCUGUACACCAAGUGAGGAACUGAAAAUAUCAGCUAUUUUUAAAAUAAAUCUUGUUUCCAUGUUGAAUACAGGCAGUGUAUUGCACGCUAGUAGCAGGUUAAACAUGCACACUGUGUGUGAGUAAGACAGAGCCACUGACUGUGUGGUUGUUAAUGACAACAAAUGGCAAAUUCCGGGUCCUGCUCGGUAAACAUCAGCAGUCUUCGGCCGAAGCAUACUCGCCACCUCGCAGAUGUGCCGGUUCUUGCAUCAGCUGUACUGCCGUCAAUGAAAUUAAAAAACAAACAAACAAAAUAUGCAGGCGGGGAUGAUAAGCUGUUUUUUUUUUUUUUUUUAUGGGGCCUUAGUCUCUUGUUAAUGCUGAAGAUGAUGCUCACUUGAACAUGUAAACUAGCUUUAUAGUGCAAAGAUUAAAGAUUUACUUGAUCUUGAAAAGGGAAGCAGUUUUCAUCAGUUGGGUUAACUUUAUUUUAAAAGAUACAAAUUGAAAGGCUAAAAGUAUUGUGUUCUGAAGACGUGCUGAAUAAAGAUGACCUUUUCCC